AUGUGUCAUGAUAUACACAUACUCACAACAAAUACACAAACCUAUCUAUCUAUCUAUCUAUCUAUCUAUCUAUCUAUCUAUCUAUCUAUCUAUCUGAACCGGACCAUAACCCUAUCUAUCUAUGUGUUUCUGCCUCUGUCUGUCUAUUUCUUUCUUUCUCUCUCUCUCUCUCUCUCUCUCUCUCUCGCUCUCUCUCUCUCUUUUUAUUAUACCUCGUUUUCGUCCUUUACGUUUUCUUUUCUCUUCUUUCUUUCUUUCUUUCUUUCUUUCCUUUCCUUUCCUUUCCUUUCCAAUAUCAUUCUCUAUUUUCUGAUUUAUUUCUUCAUCUUCUUUUUUUUCUUAUCGAUUCCUUUUUUUCUUGUUAUACAUAUUUUCUAUUUUCUGCAUGUUCUUCUUUUUUUCUUUCUUUUUUUUUCUUUCUGUGAUUCAUUCUUUCGUUUUUCUGCGUUUUCAUUCAUUUGUAUUUUUUUAAUUAUUAAUUUAUCUUUCUUUUUUUCUUUGUUUCUUUCGUUCAAACCUUUGUAUUCUUUCUUUCUUUGUUUCUUUCUUUCUUUCUAUGAUUUUUUUUCUUUCGUUUAUCUGUUUUUUGAUUCGUUUGAUUCUUUUCCUUUAUUUUUCUUUCUUUCUUUCUUUCGUAUUUAUUUCUGUCGUUCCUGCUGUUUUCUUUCUUUCUUUUGCUUUUUUCUAUCCUCCAUUUUAUCUUUCAUUCUGCUUUACUUUCUCUCGGCAUUUCAUUUUUUUGUUCAUUCUCUUUCGUUUUUGCUAAUUAUUUUUCUCGUUCUUUCUUUGGAAAUAUAA